CCGCCCCUCACAGGAAGUGUCGCUUUAGUUAGCGGUUGCUAUGAGCUGAUGAGAAAAUUGGAGCUGCGACGUGAAUUAAUUCGAGUUCCCCGUUUGGAAAACACGACCGUGCUUCUGUCGGAGACCACCGCCAUAACUGUGAGGAAGGUGUAGAGAUAAUCCGGGAGAAGUGAUUUUUAAGGCUCUACCUGAGCUGUAAAGGAAUAGCUGUGUCAUACAGGGCUUUGUUGUUGUUGUGGGCUUAGAGAGUCAAGCUGCUGACGGUGAAGAAGUUGAGCUCUGCAGAUAAGGCUGAGCUUCAGAUUUGAAGCAUUCUCUUCCUCUUACCCCUCCUCUUCCUCUGUGGAUGAUGUCAUCAAAACAAAUCUUCACAUCCUCCUCAAACCGAGCAUGUCAAAGGAGGCAGACCGCUUUGAGGGCGAAGGAGACAAGGCAUUAAAGGAUGUAUCUGAGGAGACUACGACUAAGAGGACCAGGGCCAACACGCCGAGCCCCAACAGAGGCAACACUGCCAGCCCACCCAGGUUUGUUUCUUUGGAGGAGCUUAUGGAGACUGCUAAAGGGGUAACCAACAUGGCCUUAGCUCAUGAAAUCAUGGUCAACCAGGACUGGCAAAUCAAGCCCGCAGAGCUUCCAGAAGGAAGCUUGGAGCACAUAGUGAAAGAGACCAUGCACAAAGCCUUUUGGGACUGUUUGGAGACUCAGCUGAAGGAGGAUCCGCCGUCAUACGAACAUGCCAUCAAACUUCUAGGAGAGAUCAAAGAGACGCUUCAGUCCUUUUUGCUGUUGGGCCACGGACGUCUGCACUCCCGUAUCGAAGAGGUUCUGGAUCUGCCGCUGAUCCAGCAGCAGGCUGAAAACGGAGCUCUCGAUAUCGGCCAGCUGUCCCAGUUUAUCGUUGAGAUGAUGGGUUCCCUGUGCGCUCCCCUCAGAGACCAGGACAUCAGGAAACUGAAGCAGAUCACUGAGAUUGUGCCUCUGCUGAAGGCCAUUUUCUCUGUGCUGGACCUGAUGAAGGUGGACAUGGCUAACUUUGCCCUGAACAGCAUCAAGCCGCAUCUCAUGCAGCAGUCGGUUGAGUAUGAGAGGAACAAGUUUCAGGAGUUUCUGGAGAAACAACCAAAUGCCUUAGACUACACAGAGAAGUGGCUUGAGGAAACGGUGAAAUCCCUGAGAGAAACAGACGGUUGUGCUGCUGCCUCCAGCGGCCCCCCUUCACUCCUCCCACUAAAUGUUCACAAUCAUGCAUACCUUCGCCUGCUCAAGUGGGACCAUGCUUCGGACCCUUUCCCAGAGACGGUGCUGAUGGAUCAAGUUCGGUUUCUAGAGAUGCAGCAGGAGGUUGAGCGGUUAGUGCUGCUCUCCUCUGUGCUCCUUAUUGUCUACACUACCACGGGGGAAGCCAUCUCUGGGCUGCCAGGACUGAUGGAGACUCUUAAAAACACUGUCAGUGUCAUAUUCACAGAAAUGCACACGCCAUCUUUUAGCAUGCAGGAGGCCUUAGCGACCAUCGGAGAGAAACUGUGUGUCGACCUGAGCCACUGUUUAAGCCAGCAUGGCUUCCCGCCGUUCUCAGCUGAGCGUAAGAGCACACUGAAGGGGCAGAUCUCCGCCAUCAACCAGCCCGACAACACAGUCCACAAGCUGAUGGACUCUCGGAUUCAGAGCUACCUCCUGGCUUCUCUGGAGUCCAAUCAACACAUGACGCCUCCUCCUCUCCCUGGAGGCCUGGCUCCGGUCAGCAGGGAACUAAAGGAGCUCUCGGUCCGCUUCAGUCGCCUGGUCAACUACAACAAGCUGGUCUUCUCCCCGUUCUACCAAAAGAUCCUCCAGAAUAUACCGGCACCCGGGGAGAGUCCCAGCACAGAGACAUAAACCGCACAAGAUAUGGAGCAGCAUCAGGGUGAAAAGUGGGCUGUAGUUCCUCUGUUUUCCCUCGUUAGCAACGGUUUGGAUGUGGAGGAAAAAAGGGUUAAGCAGCCUGAUCUGUAACGUGAGAGGAAAGGCAGCCCUGCAGAGCGAGCACCUUAGACUGAUCAAACCACAACAAUGCCACUUACAUUUACUAAUGCGGUGUUGUUUCUUCACUAUCAAACUAUUCAGUGUCAAACCUUAGAAGUGUCCGUUUUAAAACACCAAUGCUUGCGUUAACUUACCGAGUACUGCUACCAGGGAGGGAGAGCCAAAGUGCACGUACCGCAGAUGUCGCAAUUCACCAGGCAGAGUAUGAGAUCUAUAAGUAUGAGCCACGCAAAAGCAUUCGUCUCUCUUUAACAUUUCCAGAUUUUUGUCAAAUUAUAACCACAAAUAUCGAUGUGAUUUAUUGGACUUUUUCUGCGAUAGCCAAGCACCAAUUGACGCCCGUUUAAUGAAGUGCAAGGACAAGGAUUCUUGGUAUUACUUUUUUUAUUUAAAUAAAUAUUUGAAAAGUUUGCUAUGCAUAUGUAUUCAGACUAUUUUGAACUAAUACCAUGUAGAAUCAUCUUUCUAGGGGCUGAAGUUUGUUUUGUUUCUUGCUAAUUGUUGCUUGCUUGUUUCCUUCUGAUAUCGCCCUGUAUGUAGUUAGUUAAAUGGGUGGCCAUGUCAUGGGAGGUUUGCAGUUGUGCCAUCCUCUUUCCAUUUUCCCUGUGAGAUGCUUGGGAUGUUGUUUUUAUGGACGUACGCUGCUUUAAACUAGUUUAUCUUUGACUCAUCUGCUUUGUUCCUUGGUUUUCAUGCUGUUAUUUCCUAAUCUUCUCUGAUUUACCUCGGGGCCUUGACACUGGAUUAGUACGCACCGUACUAAUAUUUAUUAUUUAUUAUUCCAAAGGCAGUUGGUUGGACUGGAUUUUAUUUGGGGGUAUUAGAGUAAAUGGUGCUGAAAAUAAAUCAGCACCACACCUUUUCAGAGAAUCUUUACCCUUGCACUUCACAGCCAUAGGCUACUUUUGUUUUGGUCUACCUACCUGAUUAAAAUCUCUGAGAUUCAAUGAAAUUUGUGGUUUUAACGUGACAAAUGUAGAGGAGGAGCAUGAAUACCUUUUAGAAAGCGCUGUAAAUAAAAUAAGUUCUCCUUGUCAGCUAAGCUGGUGAGCAAAGUAAGUCAACCAUAUACUGCUGAUGUGUUCCUUUGUGCUUUUAGGUCUCUUGUGUUUAUUGGUACUUUAAACCCAGAGAAUACCCUCUGUUUGUCUGAUAAUUUGGAAAGCUAUUUCAGUCAGUCUAGACUUUGUUAAUUGUUAGUUUUUUGAAUCUCUAGUCAGGUUUUGUGCUGCUCCCUAUACGCUAAACUAGGUUAGUUUGGCCUUACGUAUAAAUGAUAUAAAAGAGAUAACAGAGCCACAGUGAUCCAUACAAUUAACCUUAAGCAAGUUAACCUUUAAAAUUUUUAAUUCUGCAGGUAGUCUUACCUCCAGGUACUUGGGUCCGGAGGCUGAAAUGCUUGUCUCAAGAUCUCCAGGUGCAGACUAAUCUAACACAUUAAGGGUGGACUUGAGCAUUUUUGUGUCCUCAAUUUAUCCAGAGAGCAAGUUUUAAUCUUUCAAAAGAUAUUGAAGGUAAGAAUAAACCAAUUUAUCUAGAUACAAACUAACCUAUCAAAGGGAACUUUGCUGGGUUAAGGGCCAACUGCUCAUUAAAUGUUUUCAGUGUUAAUCUGCUUUAGUUCUUAUUCAGUUUUAUUUACUGUAUUUGAGAUCCUCAGCAGUUUUAUUCUGACAGUUGUUUAUUUUUACAUGAGUACGAAUUUCGUAUGUUCUGUUAGCUCUUCUUCACAUACAUUAAAUAUUGACUGAUUGUAUUAACUGCUAUUUGUCUUUAGGUGUUUAUUGGACAUGCCAAUAAAGCAGUUUUCCUGCAGAUAAA